AUGACUUACGAGCUUCUCUUCUUACCCAUCUUCUUGCAGGAUAAGAAUUCUCGAGGGUUGCCGGAUUCACCGCGCUCGCUCUUCGAUAUACCAGGUGGAGUUGGACUUUCCACUCGAACUGUAGACGUGGUUAUGUCUAGUGACGGUAUCGUCGCUCUUGUGGUUCAAAGUAUCAUUCUCCCCACGGUGGCACAUUACCUUGGCAUCUGGCGGCUCUUUGGAAUCGUUACAGUGCUUCAUCCAAUUGUGUAUGUCAUGGUCCCAUUCCUGGUGUUCUUACCACCUCAGCUCCUCUACGUCGUAAUACACGAUAAUGUCGUUCAUAUCCGUGGCAAUGAUGAAGAUGAUGCCUUGAUAGAACGUCUAUAA